UCUAACAUGAUAAUCUAGUGUGCAAACCGUUCUUUUAUUCGUUUGUGAUAUUAUGUUUUUGUUUCAUUCAAUAUUAAUGUUUAUGCCCUUAAAUGGUUAAAAAAAACAGGAAUCAAAUAUAGAUGAGGUCAUUAUCAUUGCUAAAAUGCCAGCGAUUCUAGUGACGGGUGGGGCUGGCUACGUGGGCUCACACACCGUGGUCACGCUGCUGGAGCAGGAAGACAUUGAUGACAUCGUCGUGGUGGAUAAUCUAUGUAAUAGUUAUCGACAUGACAGUGACAAGAAACCAGUCGCACUUCGUAGGAUUGAAGAGAUGACAGGAAGGACAUUACAUUUCUACCCAAUAGAUUUAAGUGACGAGAAAGCGCUCGCCAAAGUUUUUGAAAAUCACAAAAUCGAGUGUGUAAUUCACUUUGCAGCGUUAAAAGCGGUUGGCGAAUCUGUCAACAAACCACUCGAAUACUACCAAGCUAAUAUUAGUGGUACAUGUACCUUGAUUGAGGUUAUGCGUAAAUAUAACGUAUAUAAACUGAUAUAUAGUUCAUCUUGUACGGUAUAUGGGGAACCGCAGAGGUUGCCCUUGGAUGAGUCUCACCCAACCGGACAGGGUAUAUCCAGUCCGUACGGAAGGACCAAAUAUUUCUGUGAGGAGAUUAUGAAGGAUCUAUGCAAUAGUGAUAAGAAAUGGCAAAUAAUAUCUCUCAGAUAUUUUAACCCAGUUGGAGCACACCCCAGUGGUCGGAUUGGUGAAGAUCCAGCGGGUAUACCAAAUAAUUUGAUGCCUUUUAUAUCACAGGUUGCUGUGGGUCGUUUAUCCGAGUUGAUGGUGUUUGGUGACGAUUAUCCCACUGUGGACGGGUCCGGGGUUCGAGAUUAUAUUCAUGUGCAGGAUUUGGCUGUAGGCCAUGUUAAGGCUAUGCAGCUGUUCCAGCAGGAUGGGUUCAGCGGAUUUCGAGCUGUUAAUUUAGGCACUGGAACCGGAUAUUCCGUCCUUCAAAUGAUAUCCGCUUUCGAAGCGGCGUCCGGUCGCAAAAUUCCGUAUAAAAUCGUCAGUCGACGCGCCGGGGAUAUAGCUGCAAAUUACGCGGAUGUCUCGCUCGCACAAAGCCUUUUGGGCUGGAGUGCGACAAAGACAGUAGAUGACAUGUGUAGGGAUACGUGGAAUUGGCAGAGUCGUAACCCUCAAGGUUAUAAAUGUUAAAUUAACGCAGACAUAGAGAAUAGACUAGGUUAUAGUGGAUUCUUAGCCGAGGGGGCAAACCGCUCUUUUAAGUGGAGCUAUUCGAAGUACUCGUUUAAAAGAGUAUCGCUUUCGAUUAUCACUACUUGAGGUAGAUAUCAUUUUAUUUAGAACAAUGUUAAUAUUGUUCAAAUUUGGAUUUUAAAUAAAGAAUGCCUUUGACAGAAACUGGCUGGCAAUAAUUAUUUCAUGCAUUCAUACUCUUUGUUGAUUAAAAAAAUAAACUACACAGUAUACACAUUCCAAAUUUAAAUUAAUGUUAAAUUUGUAUUCUAUACUAUUUUAGACCCUUUACAGGUUCUUUUUGUUGUUUAUACAAUUAAAGUUUUUUGUAUUAACGUUUUUAUUAAAAUUUUCCGUUAUGAUAGGACAUGAGAAAGAUAAAUCAAAAUUGUAAACGAAUCGUUGAAAUAACGACUCGUAUUUGACUAUAUAGAAUACAUCAAACUGAAGUUCUGCUUGUCUUGCACACUUUCUAUAAAGCUCCGUCUCAUUCUUUCAGGCAAGGAUAAAAGGAGAUUCACAUAUUUUAAAAAUCCAGUAUAUUCUCUAUGUCUGAAAUUGGUUUUGUAUGUACAAAAUUAGUAUAGCUAUUUCCAUACAAUCGAAUAAUAAUGCUAUCUCGCUCACUCUUAUUUAAAAAAACUAGGUGUCUCUUUCGUGUAAAAUUUUAAAUAAAAACAUUUAUUAGACCCAUCUCGAAUCUAGUUUUAAGAACAUUUUGAUGUAUUGAGCGAGACUAUAAAUUAUGUAUUUUAGAAAAUAUUUUAUUUAUGACCAAAGAUGUCCAAAGAUUCAUGGAAUGUUAUUAUUUUGCAUUUAUUUAAUUAUAAUUCAAAGAUUAUAUUGACUUAUCGUUCCUAUAAGUUGCCAUAUUUCAGAUUAAGGAGUAAUAUCGAAACGACUUUUACUUAUAACGUACUAUAAAACUUAAUGUUAUCAUUUUAAUGUCAUUGACAAACGUCCCAUUAAAAUUGCGUUUAGUUUUGAGGGUAGUUUAAGAUAGUUUUCUAGAUUACAUCGACUAUCUAUUUAUUUAUAAAAAAAUUCAAGUCUCUGCUUAUAUUCUAUUUUACAAUAAAGGCAAAAAAACUUAUAUAGAAGAGGGUAGUUUAAAAAACCCUUUUCCGUGAUUAAAUUAUGAGGUAGUUUAAAUAUUUAUAUACAAACUAGAGGACUAUCAGAUUACUAAUUAUAUUAAUAAUAUAUUAUAUUGUUAAUAUCAAACGUGAUACGUAAAAUGUAUUUCUUAGCAUUUAUCUAUCAUUCCUAUCGUUUCAAUUUUCUUGAAAUAUUUAUUUUGUUAUUCGAAUAUUUU